GUAAAAUGUGUUUAUAUUAUGUAGAUGGUUUAAUUGGUGUUUCUUGAUCCUUCGGUUUUAGGGUAUGGGGAUUAUUGCUUUUACUGCUGCUAUAUCGGCAUUGGGACCUCCAACUUGCAUCGACAAAGGAAAUUGCAUAGAUCCUAAGGAAUGGCAAUUGGGCGUCCUUUUUGUUGGUUUAGGGUUACUGGCAAUUGGAGCUGGUGGCAUUGGACCCUGCAACAUUGCCUUUGGGGCAGACCAAUUUGACACCACAACUAAAAAGGGAAGAAGACAAUUAGAUAACUUUUUCAAUUGGUGGUUUGAUCGGAGCGUUUGCUGCGAUUGCUUUGAUGGAACUUCUUACGAUAAAUUAUCAGAGAGCAUGAGGACAGUUACCGGCAAAUCUUCUCUCUGAGCUUAUCAGAGUCAAGCUACUUGAACUCUCCUCUUGUGAACAUUGUUUAUACAACAACUAAGAAGAGUGGGAAAGGGCCGUGAUUGGGAGGUCAUGAUCUCAAUAAGGAUAUAUAGGCUGGAGUAGUUCUAUUGCCUCCUGGCUGGUAUAGAAGUUCUGA